AUAAUCUAGAAUAUCUUUGGUAGUGUUGUUUGUUGUUGUAAAAAAUGUCGCAGAGUGAACUACAUUUUAGUCAGCUUGUCUGCCCUUCCUGUUACAGAUGCACAGUAUGUGAAGGAUGGUACAGAGGGGAAAAGAGAGCCAUGAAGUUCGCUAUCCCAAGAAUUUGGCAGGAACCCACUGACCACUCAAGCAACUGCUACUUCUGCAUGGUGGACCCUUCCAAAUGUCGGACUGGCAAGAAUGCACCUGCUAUCACGUAUCCGGACCUUCCUUCAUCCAUCGCCCCGGUGCCACACUGCCAUGAGCUCCCCGUACCCACUCCUCCGGAGAGAGAGCAGCAAGUCAGAGAGCGAGGAAGAUGUUGUAGAUCCAGAUGACAAUUUCAGAGGUGGAGCUGAGGAGAGAAACCCAUACUACCCCAACCAAAAAGACCUCAACAACUUGAUUAGAGAUCUUGGUCUCACCAAGUCCAAUGCUGAGCUUUUGACGUCUAGGCUCAAGCAGUGGAACUUGUUGGAUGAAAGUGUGCAAGUCGCAGAUCAGAGGAAGCAUCACCAACCUUUUUCCAGCUUCUUCACCCGUCAAGAUGGGCUCUGCUUCUGCCACAAUGUGACCAGUCUGUUCGAGGCAAUCGGAAUCGCCUGUAGCCAGAAUGAGUGGCACCUCUUCAUUGACAGCUCAUCCAGGAGCCUCAAAGCCAUGCUGCUCCAUAAUGGUAACAAGUACCCGUCUCUUCCCCUGGCUCACUCGGUGCACCUCAAAGAGGAUUACAACAGCAUCAAGACCUUGCUGGAUGCCUUGAAGUAUGAUGAGUAUGGCUGGGAGGUCAUAGGAGACUUCAAAAUGGUGGCAUUCCUGAUGGGUCUCCAAGGCGGUUUUACCAAGUUUCCCCGCUAUCUUUGCCUUUGGGACAGCAGGGACACCAAGGCGCACUACCACAGGCGGGACUGGCCACAGCGGACCGAGUUCUCUGUGGGGAGGAACAACGUCAAGUGGGAGCCACUGGUGGACCCCCGGAAGGUGCUGAUGCCACCACUGCACAUCAAAUUGGGCCUUAUGAAACAAUUUGUCAGAGCUCUAGAUAAGGAGUCGGCAGCCUUCAAGUACCUUCAAGACUUCUUCCCUAAGCUGUCUGAGGCAAAGGUCAAAGCCGGUGUCUUCGUCGGACCACAGAUAAAGAAGAUCCUGGAGUGCAAUGAAUUCCCCAAGAAGCUCACUAGUAAGGAGAAAGCGGCUUGGAACAGCUUUGUCGCAGUGGUUCGGGGCUUCCUGGGCAAUCACAAGGCCGAAAACUAUGUGGAGCUGGUUGAGACUCUGGUGAAGAACUACGGCACAAUGGGCUGUAGGAUGUCCCUCAAAGUCCAUAUCCUUAAUGCUCAUCUUGAUAAAUUCAAGGAGAACAUGGGAGCGUACUCGGAGGAGCAAGGCGAGCACUUCCACCAGGAUAUACUGGACUUUGAACGCCGCUACCAAGGACAGUAUAACGAGAACAUGAUGGGAGACUAUAUUUGGGGGCUGAUUCGUGAAAGUGAUUUACAGUAUAAUCGUAAAUCUCGAAAAACUACUCACUUCUAAAUCUUUUGUAGUCAUUUUUGUAUUACUUUAGUAUAAAUACAUGUUAAUUUGGAUUCAUAUGUUGUUUUUUUCUGACUUUAUGUGAACGAAAAGACACAAAUUCGCCCGUUUUCUCAUUGGAAAUAGAUAAAUUUCAAAAUAUCACUGUCCUGGUCACAAAAGCAAAGUUUGUGGGGAAUAAUAGUCAUUUUCUAUACUUUUGAGGCAUAAGCAAUUAGGAAAUAACACUUACUACCCAGGAACAAAAAUUGUGUUACAUAGUGAAUUGGAUAGUAAAUAGCAAAGGUGUUAUGCUCAAAAAGCUCUAUAUGUCUGUAUUAUAUGAUAAUGAGUGUCUUUGCGUAUGACUCCUCCCAUGUGUAUGAUCUGUAUUUUGUUCUUUGUCAGAAUAAUAAUCUGUAUUUCUCUCUGACUGGUUGGUUAGUUAACACAGAGAAAAAUAAUAAGGCAGACUAAAUUAAAACUAAACUGACAAAAAAUACAUAUAUUUUGAGGGUUAAAUAAAAUGAAAGAAAGUCCUUGCUGCAGUACUUGAAGAGUGAAUCAUAUUCCUAUAUGUCCUAUGGUUCUUUAAAAAAAUUAAACAGUAUCAAUUAAGUAUGUGACUUUAGGGACCUCUAGAGGUAUGAAAUGCAAACUGCAGUAAAACUGACUGUUUAUAAUAUCAGUGGGGCUGUUACAGAAGAACAGUUUUGCCUAUAAAAAAUUGUGUUAAUGUCUUAAAUACUUACCCAGAGAUCACACACACUAAUGUAUUCUGUUUACUGCAAUUAGCUUAUAAAGGUUUCAUCUUUUAGUUAAUGCUUAAUGACUUUAGGAUCGCAUGGUUAGCACUGGUACUAUACAGCUAUGGACAAAAGUACUUUUCCAUAUUAUGAAAA